CUUCCCUUCAGAUGCUUCUGUGAUGCUGCUGUUUGCAGUGAUGCUCCGAGGGCAGGCACCUGCUGCUCUGUAAUGAUUCAGCCUCUUUCAGCCGUCGCGUUAACACAACAGGAUGCUGUUGCUACUGUCAUUGCUGCCUCUCCUGCCGCCGCCGCUGCUGCCGCCGCCGCCGCUGCUCCUGCUUUUGCUUUUACUUCUCCUGCAUGACAGUUGCUUUCUCCAUCUAAGCAGACAGCAGCUUCAGAUGCUCGAGGUGAGGAACAUGCCUUUCAGUUUGGGCUACUGGUUUACCUAAUUAACCAGCGAGCAGCUCCCGCUUCUGUUUUGGCCCCCUGUCCUCACGACCAGCUGGGAUGCUUUGGAGAAGCAUUGAAAAGAACUAGAAAAGUGGCCCAGAAACAAACAGCAGCUUAAAAAAAUUAUCACAAUAUACUUUUAUUUUGUAGCUGUUAGAAGCUUUUUCUUUUUUUUUUUCCUUGCUUUUUUUUUUUAAUGAUCUUCCUUCCGUCUGAACUCCUCUUGCUUUGGAUAAUGGCUUUGGACUAGGACGACUUAUCGAUUUCCCUCUUUAAGAUGCUGUCUCAUUUGGUUGGGGGGGCCUCUGCGUGGUAAUGGACGGUGCGAGAGGCCAGGCCUUCUUCUGGAGGUGAGCCCAUGGAGAUUUAUUCCCCAGACAUGUCUGAGGUAGCCACCGAGAGGUCCUCCAGCCCCUCCACUCAGCUGAGUGCAGACCCGUCUCUGGAUGGGCUUCCCGCGGCCGAAGACAUGCCCGAGACCCAGACAGAAGAUGGGAGGACCUCCGGCCUGGUGGGCCUGGCGGUGCCCUGCUGUGUGUGUCUGGAAGCCGAGCGCCUGAGGGGUUGCCUCAACUCAGAGAAAAUCUGCAUUGUCCCCAUCCUGGCAUGCCUGCUCAGCCUCUGUCUCUGCAUUGCCGGCCUCAAGUGGGUCUUUGUGGACAAGAUAUUUGAAUAUGACUCUCCCACUCACCUUGACCCCGGGGGGUUAGGCCAGGACCCUAUUAUUUCUCUGGCUCCCACUGCUGCCUCGGCCGUGUGGGUCUCUUCUGAGGCCUACACGUCACCUGUCUCUGGGGCUCAGGCUGAAGCUGAGGUUCAAGUUACAGUGCAAGUUGACGGUGGCCCUGUGGCCUCUAAGCCUCCAGCGCCACUGACCCCCAAGAAUCGCCUGUUUGCUUUCUCCUUCCUGCCGCCCACGGCACCCUCCUUCCCUUCACCCACUCGGAACCCUGAGGUGAGAACACCUAAAUCAGCAACUCAGCCACCAACGACAGAAACUAAUCUCCAGACUGCUCCUAAACUUUCUACGUCCACAUCUACCACCGGGACAAGCCACCUGGUCAAGUGUGCAGAAAAGGAGAAAACUUUCUGUGUGAACGGAGGCGAGUGCUUCAUGGUGAAAGACCUUUCGAAUCCGUCAAGAUACUUGUGCAAGUGCCCAAAUGAGUUUACUGGUGAUCGCUGCCAAAACUACGUAAUGGCCAGCUUCUACAAGCAUCUUGGGAUUGAAUUUAUGGAAGCAGAAGAGCUCUACCAGAAGAGGGUGCUGACCAUAACUGGCAUCUGCAUCGCCCUGCUGGUGGUUGGCAUCAUGUGUGUGGUGGCCUACUGCAAGACCAAGAAGCAACGGAAAAAGCUUCAUGACAGGCUGCGGCAGAGUCUUCGAUCUGAGCGGAACAACAUGGUGAACAUUGCCAACGGGCCUCACCAUCCCAACCCACCCCCGGAGAACGUGCAGCUGGUGAAUCAAUACGUAUCUAAAAAUGUCAUCUCGAGUGAGCACAUUGUUGAGAGAGAAGCAGAGACAUCUUUUUCCACCAGUCAUUACACCUCAACAGCUCAUCAUUCCACCACUGUCACUCAGACUCCUAGUCACAGCUGGAGCAACGGACACACUGAAAGCAUCCUUUCGGAAAGCCACUCUGUUAUCAUGAUGUCAUCAGUAGAAAACAGUAGGCACAGCAGCCCCACAGGGGGCCCAAGAGGACGUCUUAAUGGCUUGGGAGGCCCUCGCGAGUGUAACAGCUUCCUCAGGCAUGCCAGAGAAACCCCUGACUCCUACCGAGACUCUCCUCAUAGUGAAAGGUAUGUGUCAGCCAUGACCACUCCAGCUCGUAUGUCACCCGUAGAUUUCCUCACGCCAAGCUCCCCCAAAUCGCCCCCUUCGGAAAUGUCUCCACCAGUGUCCAGCAUGACGGUAUCCAUGCCCUCCAUGGCGGUCAGCCCCUUCGUGGAAGAAGAGAGACCUCUGCUGCUCGUGACACCACCAAGGCUCCGGGAGAAGAAGUAUGACCACCAUCCACAGCAGUUCAACUCCUUCCACCACAACCCCGCGCAUGAGAGUAACAGCCUGCCCCCCAGCCCUUUGAGGAUAGUGGAGGACGAGGAGUACGAAACGACCCAGGAGUACGAGCCAGCUCAAGAGCCUAUUAAGAAACUUGCCAAUAGCCGGCGAGCCAAAAGAACCAAACCCAAUGGCCACAUUGCCAACAGGUCGGAGAUGGACAGCCACACAAGCUCUGAGAGCAGUAACUCAGAGAGUGAGACAGAAGAUGAACGAGUAGGUGAAGACACACCUUUCCUGGGCAUACAGAACCCCCUGGCAGCCAGUCUUGAGGCAGCACCUGCCUUCCGCCUGGCUGACAGCAGGACUAACCCAGCGGGCCGCUUCUCCACGCAGGAAGAAAUACAGGCCAGGCUGUCUAGUGUCAUUGCUAACCAAGACCCUAUUGCUGUAUAAAACCGAAAUAAACACAUAGAUUCACCUGUAAAACUUUAUUUUAUAUAAUAAAGUAUUCCACCUUAAAUUAAACAAUUUAUUUUAUUUUAGCAGUUCUGCAAAUAGAAAACAGGAAAAAAAAACUUUUAUAAAUUAAAUAUAUGUAUGUAAAAAUG